AUGGGUCUGUGUGCUUCUAAAAGCCCACUGUCUGAUGUCGGCACACCCACAGACAAUGCUAAACGACAGGGCCAACAGAAUGCCGUCAAUGUCUCCUCUAGUGAUACUCAAACAGCGGUUACAGGUUCACCGAUUGCUGCCGAGGGGAAGAAGAUCUCAGAAGGUACUACUGGAUCGAAUCAAACGUCAGACACAGACGUUCAAUCUAAUCAGAAUCAUCAAGUUCCACAGGGACACCCUAACACCGGUUCAAGUGCGGGUAACCCAGAAACUGAAAAUAUCAAUACAAACCAUAGUAAUAAUAAUAAUAACAGUGCUACUGCUACUGCUACUGCUUCUGUCGGUGCCGGUGCCGGUGCCGGUGCCAGUACUGUCACCGGUAAAGGGUCUAAUGGAGGAGCGUUAACCAAGUCCAGCACCAACCCCUCACUCAACAACGUCAACACCAACACCAGCAAUGGGUCUGGGACCAAUGACAAAGACGUCAAGAUCCUCUUGCUUGGGUCUGGAGAAUCCGGUAAGUCCACAAUUGUCAAGCAGAUGAAGAUCUUGCAUCAGAAUGGAUACAACGACGACGAGAAGUUUGAGUAUCGAUCCUUUGUGUACAAGAACGUAAUGGAAUGUAUUCGGAAUGUUCUUAAUGCCAUUAUUGACAUUCAACCGGAGCUAAUAGUCAAGGACUUGAGUGAGAAGAAGACAUUGUCCGCGACAUCUGAAGCCACGAGCAUAUCUGAUUCUGAAGACCAUCAAAUUGAGGCUUUGGAUCCAAUUGCUGUCAGAGGUGAGCAUAAGAUCAUCAAGGCUGUUUUAGCUGAAUCUGAUUUGAAGGACAUUUUAAAUUAUGAUUAUCCGAUUGACUCAGAUGAAGAUUUCGAUUAUUCCGUCGCGGAAAAAAUUAAUAAGGUUUAUAACCAAACUCCAGAGGUUGCGGAGUUUAUUCAAGUCCAUCAGGGAAGUUUCUAUUUAAUUGACUCCACGGAUUAUUUCCUUUCCCAGAUCUUAACGUUGGCGUCCCCAAAUUACUUACCUACAGUACAAGACAUUUUAAGAACCAGAAAGAAAACGUCGGGGAUAUUUGACUUUAGUUUCAAUAUGCCCGGAUUAAAUAUCCACAUGUUUGAUGUGGGCGGUCAAAGAUCAGAACGAAAAAAAUGGAUCCAUUGCUUUGACAACGUGACUUUGAUCAUGUUCUGUGUGGCUUUAUCCGAGUACGAUCAAGUAUUAUUGGAAGAAAAUACUCAGAAUAGAUUAGAAGAAUCUUUAACGUUAUUUGAUUCGGUUGUUAAUUCCCGGUGGUUUGCAAGAACUUCAGUGGUGUUGUUUUUAAACAAAAUCGAUAUCUUUGCUAAAAAGUUACCUCAUUCUCCAUUGGAGAAUUAUUUCCCGGAUUAUAUUGGUGGUAAUGAUGUUAAUAAAGCUGCGCAAUAUAUUUAUUGGAGAUUCACUCAAGUUAACCGGUCAGGACUAAAGAUUUAUCCUCAUAUAACUCAGGCUACUGAUACUUCAAAUAUCGAACUUGUCAUGGCUGCUGUUAGAGAAACCAUACUUGAAAAUUCCUUAAGAGAUACGGGUUUAUUAAAUUAA